AAAUCAGGAGAAAAGGUUGAGGAGGCUAAAUGGGUGAAGCUGUAUGGCCAGAUCCCUCCUAUUGAGAAGAUGGAUGCCUCUCUCUCAACCCUUAUCAACUGCGAAAGAUUGUCUUUGUCCACAAACUGCAUUGAAAAAAUUGCCAACCUGAAUGGCUUAAAAAACCUCAGGAUACUGUCAUUGGGUAGAAACAAUAUUAAAAACCUCAAUGGACUGGAGGCAGUUAGUGAGACUCUUGAAGAACUGUGGAUCUCCUAUAACCUAAUAGAGAAGCUGAGGGGGAUUCAUGUUAUGAAGAAACUCAAAGUUCUCUAUAUGUCCAACAACCUGGUUAAAGAGUGGGGAGAGUUUGUGAAGUUGGCUGAACUCCCUGAGCUGGUGGAUCUAGUCUUUGUGGGGAACCCCUUAGAGGAGAAGUAUUCUGCUGAGGGUAACUGGAUGGAGGAGGCGACCAAAAGACUUCCUAAUCUUAAGAAGCUAGACGGAAACCUAGUGAUCAAACAGGAUGAAGAUGAAGGAGAAGGAAAGAAUUAACAUAUUUUAAUCUUUUUGUUUAUUUUAUGGUUUUGUAUUCUU